AUGAACAGGGAGCUGGAGGUUCAGCGAGGUAGCAUUGACCACGUGGUACACAUUGCCCAGGAACAGUACACCAACCUGAGCACCACCUUCAGGGAGGUGAUGUUCAGCUACAACGAGAUGGAGCUAGUGCACAGGGAGAACUGUAAGAGACAGAUCCAGAGAUCCAGAUUCAAUGCCCUGGCUGAUGGGAAGACGGCCCAGUCGGUGCUGACGCAGAUCGCUAGUAGACACAAAGAGCUGCUGGACCUGGAAAAAAGGAUCCAGGGGGUUUAG